AUGCCUUCAGACAAGGAGACAGUCGUUGCAUUUGACGUGUACGGCACGCUGUUGUCUACUGAGUCUAUUGCAGGCAAGCUUGCCUCUCAUUUUGGACGAACGAAGGCCCAGGAAAUUGCUGCCUCAUGGCGGAAGUACCAGCUGGAAUACACAUGGAGACUCAAUAGCAUGGAGUACUACGAGGACUUCUCUCAAAUCACGCGACAAUCACUCCACCAUGCGCUCGUCGAGGCGCAGGAACAGUUGACCGAGGGCGAUAUCUCGGACUUGAUGAAGGCCUACGACAAUUUAUCUGCGUUCCCCGACGUCAAAUCCACACUGCAGCGGAUCGCCGCCGAUUCAUCAAUCGUGCCUGUGAUCUUUUCCAACGGAUCGAAGGAAAUGAUUUCUAAUUCGGUCUCGAGCUCCAAGGACUUGUCACCACACGGAACUACGUUCAAGCACAUUGUGACUGUGGACGACGUGCAGCGCUUCAAGCCUGCACAAGUGACCUAUCAACAUCUUGCAGCGGUGGUGGGCAAGAAGCCGUCCGAAAUGGAUCAGAUUUGGCUUAUUAGCGGUAACCCGUUCGACAUCGUGGGUGCUCGACACGCAGGAUUGAAUGCCGUUUGGGUGGACCGCGCAGGAUACGGUUGGCAAGAUGCUGCGGUGCCUGGUUUACAGCCCUCUGCGAUUGUACGCAAUCUGGAGCAGAUCAUCGAUCACAUCAAGAGCUCGUGA